AUGUCAGAGACUUUCGAGUUCCAGGCUGAGAUCUCUCAGCUUCUCUCUCUCAUCAUCAACACCGUCUACUCCAACAAGGAGAUCUUCCUCCGUGAACUGAUCUCCAAUGCCUCCGAUGCCCUUGACAAGAUCCGCUAUGAGUCUCUCUCCGAUCCCAGCAAGCUCGACUCGGGCAAGGAUCUCCGCAUCGACAUCAUUCCCAACAAGGAGAACAAGACCCUGACCAUUCAAGACACCGGUAUCGGCUUUACUAAGGCUGACCUCGUCAACAACCUGGGCACCAUCGCCCGCUCUGGCACCAAGCAGUUCAUGGAGGCCCUGACUGCCGGUGCUGAUAUCUCCAUGAUCGGCCAGUUUGGUGUCGGUUUCUACUCCGCCUAUCUCGUCGCCGACAAGGUGACCGUCAUCUCCAAGCACAACGAUGAUGAGCAGUACAUCUGGGAGUCGAGCGCCGGUGGCACCUUCUCCAUCUCCCCCGACACCGAGGGUGAGCAGCUCGGUCGUGGUACCAAGAUUAUCCUCCACCUGAAGGAUGAGCAGACUGAGUACCUGAACGAGUCCAAGAUCAAGGAGGUCAUCAAGAAGCACUCCGAGUUCAUCUCCUACCCCAUCUACCUCCACGUCCUCAAGGAGACUGAGACGGAGGUCCCGGAUGAGGAGGCCGAGGAGACCACCGCUGAUGACGAUGACAAGAAGCCCAAGAUCGAGGAGGUCGACGAUGAGGAGGAGGACAAGGAGAAGAAGCCCAAGACCAAGAAGGUCAAGGAGACCAAGAUUGAGGAGGAGGAGCUCAACAAGCAGAAGCCCAUCUGGACCCGUAACCCUCAGGACAUCACCCAGGAGGAGUACGCGUCCUUCUACAAGUCGCUCUCCAACGACUGGGAGGACCACCUGGGUGUCAAGCACUUCUCCGUGGAGGGUCAGCUCGAGUUCCGCGCCAUCCUCUUCGUGCCCAAGCGUGCUCCCUUCGACCUCUUCGAGACCAAGAAGACCAAGAACAACAUCAAGCUCUACGUCCGCCGCGUGUUCAUCACCGACGAUGCCACCGACCUCAUCCCCGAGUGGCUCUCCUUCAUUAAGGGUGUCGUCGACUCCGAGGACCUGCCCCUCAACUUGUCUCGUGAGACCCUCCAGCAGAACAAGAUCAUGAAGGUCAUCAAGAAGAACAUUGUCAAGAAGGCCCUCGAGCUGUUCACCGAGAUUGCCGAGGACAAAGAGCAGUUCGACAAGUUCUACUCUGCCUUCUCCAAGAACAUCAAGCUCGGCAUCCACGAGGACUCGCAGAACCGUGCCACUCUGGCCAAGCUCCUCCGCUUCAACUCGACCAAGUCGGGUGAUGAGCAGACCUCGCUUGCCGACUACGUCACUCGCAUGCCCGAGGUUCAGAAGAACAUGUACUACAUCACUGGCGAGUCGCUCAAGGCCGUCUCCAAGUCGCCUUUCCUCGACUCGCUCAAGGAGAAGAACUUUGAAGUUCUGUUCCUCGUUGACCCCAUUGAUGAGUACGCCAUGACUCAGCUCAAGGAGUUCGAGGGAAAGAAGCUUGUCGAUAUCACCAAGGACUUCGAGCUCGAGGAGACCGAGGAGGAGAAGACGCAGCGUGAGGCCGAGGAGAAGGAGUACGAGUCCCUGGCCAAGUCGCUCAAGAACGUCCUCGGCGAUAAGGUCGAGAAGGUUGUUGUCAGCCACAAGCUCGUCGGCGCCCCCUGCGCCAUCCGCACUGGCCAGUUCGGCUGGUCCGCCAACAUGGAGCGUAUCAUGAAGGCCCAGGCCCUUCGUGACACCUCCAUGUCCUCUUACAUGUCUUCCAAGAAGACCUUCGAGAUUUCUCCCAAGAGCCCCAUCAUCAAGGAGCUCAAGAAGAAGGUCGAGGAGGAUGGCGAGAACGACCGCACUGUCAAGUCGAUUGUCCAGCUCCUGUUCGAGACCUCGCUUCUCGUCUCUGGCUUCACCAUCGAGGAGCCCGCCAGCUUCGCCGAGCGCAUCCACAAGCUCGUCCAGAUCGGCCUCAACAUCGAGGAGGGCGAGGAGAAGGCUGCCGAGGAGAUUCCUGCCGCGGCCGCAACCACCACGGAGACGGGCGACAGCGCCAUGGAGGAGGUUGACUAA